AGCUUCGGCAUCCUUUCAUUCAUCUUUUCACUUGAGAUUUCAAUCGACCAUGGGUGAUGCAGGGUUUUUCAAAGGGACAUCGAGCGAACAAGAUACUCGGUUCAAGGACAAGGAGAAAUCCCUCUUGAAGUCGAUCAACUUUCCUAAAGAACUAGACCAGAAAGUCGACAUGCGAAAGGUGGAACUUUCGGUCAUGAGACCAUGGAUCACUGACAAGAUAAUGGAGUUGCUUGGUUUCGAAGACGAAGUGGUGGUUGAAUAUGUUAAUGGGUUGCUAGAUGAUCCCACCAGCCCUAUCGUCGAUCCUAAAAGAAUGCAAAUCAAUUUGACCGGGUUUCUAGAAUCGAAGACUGGUCCUUUUAUGUCAGAACUGUGGGCGCUAUUAAUCUCUGCUCAACAGUCGCCCCUCAAAGUUCCUGCAUUGUUUAUCGAGCAGAAGAAAGAGGAGAUGCGCAAGAAAGAGGAAGCGGACCUCGAGGCUCAAGCUGUCAUCAAACGACGACAAGAACAAGAAGAAGAAAAAGAGCGCAGGUUAGCAGAAAUCCGACGUCGUGAACGGGCCCAAGGAAAUAAUCGAGGUAGCAACCAGGGUUUUGAUAAUUCGCAAAGAAAUGGUUCAAGAGCUGAUGGUGCAGGUGGCUAUGGUUCCAGAGGUAACUUCAUGCCACCCCGUGGCAGGGAUUCAGGAUGGGGCAGUCGAGGCGGGGCGAGAUUGCCGGAUAAUUCAAGUAGAGAGCCUCCGUCGGGCGGCAAACGCGACAGGUCUCGCUCUCGCUCUCGCACCCGGCGGCGUGAUUCGCAUACUCACAAAGAGAAUGCUACGAGCUCCCGACGAUCUCGUUCUCCUUCUCGUUCUCGUUACCGCUCACGAUCUCGAUCUCCCCCCUCCCGACGAACUCAACGAAGGGCUUCCCCGUCACCACGCCCAUAUCGCCGUCACGAAGAAUCGUCCAAGCUCCAUCGGCGUGGUUCGCCUCACCGAGGCCAUCGGGGAGAACGUGCUCCUUUGCCCAAACCAGAUGAGGAGCGUUCCAGCUCUUCUGGAUCCCCACCCCGGUCUUCACGUCGACAGCGCAUGGCGUCUAGAUCACCUCCACGCCCUUCUCGUCGGCAGCGCUCAGUCUCUAGGUCCCCACAACGACCUUCCCGUCGAGAGCGCUCAGUUUCGAAGAUCUCGCCACGGGCUUCCCGCCGACGAGGGCGUUCAACGUCCAAGUCCCCACCAAGACCCUCCCGCCGACGAGAAAGAUCAAACUCCAGGUCCCCAGCUAGACCCUCUCGUCAGCGUCGCUCGAGUUCUAGAUCCAGAUCGCCACCUCGUCGCCGAGUGUCAGAGUUGAGUAUAUCAAAUGGGGGAAAUGAUGUGAAAUCAUCCGAUCGUCGAUCUACAGCAAAAAUGCGCAAUCGCUCUAGCUCCCCUCCACGAAAACGUGCUAGGGAUGAGCCCGAGAAGCGCAGAGACACCUCUAAUCCAUCCCGAUCGCCUCAUACCCGCUCAUCAGCUGGCAGAAGCUCCUCAGGUACAUCGAGGGGAUUGGAAAAAGUUGAUGAAGAUGAUGGGAAGGACAGGCACCCUCCGGUGAUUUCAAUCAAAGGCCGUGCGGCAAAAUCCACCACCAAGUCUGAAGUAGAACAGCCAAAGUCUGGUACCUCUGGAGAGGAACAGAACACCGAGGCGAUCAAGCCAACUUCUGCAGCAAAUAACAUGCCCGAUCAGACUAGGUCUCAGAAAUUAACCGAGGUGGUCAAAGAGCGACUUCUGCGAGAAAAAGUGAAAGCAUCUAUGAACCAGAUCUAGAUAGGAUCAUCAAGCAGUCUGUGUCUCUCCCCACUGACUCUAACAAAAAGAAAAACAUGUGACAGAAAUGACAAAACCUAUAGUGAUUUAUGGAAAGCCUUUGUUGUACCAAGAGUGUUAAUUGCUUUGACUCUAUAAUUGACAAAGUGUUUUGAUGAUUCUCUUAGGGUUUUCAUACCAGGUUCUCAGUAUUGCCCUAGUCCAUUUCUUUGGGGUGCAGUUCAAUAUCCACCUUUUUUUCCUGCUCCAGAAGGUUAGAUAUAAAACUUAAGCUUAUUGUAGCAUUUUCAAAAACAAAAAGGCUUCUUUCUUUGUCAUUAUCACUGUCAUUGUCUUAUAUACUCUCAUACUUAUCUUUUGGCCAUGAUGAUUGUAGUUGUUGAUCAUUGGAAAAUCUUUGACAGCUUUUGAUAGAAUCUCAUUUUACUUGUGCAAUGGUGAAGGAGUGCUAGUACUAUGGGCAACAAUGGGUCACUACUCUACACUGUCCACAUAUUUAGGUUGAGUGGAUCUCCAACUAUUGCUAUCCACAGUGGCAAGUUUCCCCUGUGCCCAGUAUUGUACCACCAAGAGGUUUUUUUUUUACCCCUAGAAUCCAGAUAGUGUAACAUAUUAUGC